AAUUGAUUGGGAGACCAAUCAACAUGAGAGUGGGUCCUUGGCCAAGAUAUUUUUAUGAGAAAUGCCAAAAAGGCAUCCUCAAUCAUACCAACUCCUACAGCUCGGUUAACCUACUCAAAGAAGUGAGAGAAGGUCUGAAAUACUCCAUUUCCUCAUCCUUUCACGCACCAAGAACAAAGGAGGAAGAAGGAGGGGAAAAGAGAAGAGGAAAAGUUGGUUUUGGAGAGGAAAACUUGUGUUUAGCAAGGUAUUCAAGGAACUUUCACGGAGUUGAAAGAGUCGCCGGAGUUGUCGCCGGAGUUCGUUGAAGUUCGUCGGAGUUUCACGGGAGCUAAAUCGGGAAGGCUAGAACUUCAUAAGCUUCAUUAAGGUUGAGGCUAGAGUCCUACUACCUGCACCUUUGCCUAGGGUGACUGAUCGAGAAGGAAGACGUGAAAUGGAGGGUGGACGCAGGAUAACUAGGAGGAACCCGACAGGGCAUGUGCCGGGGGCCACCGGGCAUGCCACUCGGGCGGAAUCACGGACCUCUAGGGGUAGAGGCCGGGGCCAAAGCCGAGGAGGAGGCCGAGGCAGGGGUCGUGGGCGUUCUACCACGCCGACGACAAGUAGCACACGCGUCGGUUCCGUGCACCCGUCAUGGGCCACCGAACCGGACGACUUCACCUAUGCUCCAAGCACGGAGCAAGAGGAGACCCCGUACAACGGGGAGGACUUUGAGGAAGAAGAUGAGGAUGAUGAUCCUCACUAUGACCGUAUGAGUGAGGUACUAGAGUGGUACCUCGAGAAUAAAGCAAAGAGAGAGCAGCGGCGCCAAGCUAGACAGGCUAGGCAAACCAUGGGGCAGG